UUAUAAUAAUAGCUUAAUCUAAAUGGAGCCUUCAGAUGAUAGAGAUGCAGACCGCAAGAUUCCUUUCUUUGAAAAAUCAAUUAUCGAUAUUUUCGAGAGAAAUGGAAUUGAAGAAUACGACAUGCAAACCAUCCAACAGAUCUUAAAGUUCAUGCAGAAGUAUUCAAACGAAGUAUAUCGAAAAGCCGACCUCAUUCGAAUUCAUGCAGACAAGAAGAGGGAGAAUGUUAAUGUCGAUGAUGUAAAGCUAGCUAUCGAAGCUCAUAAUGAGAACUCUUUCUACAAGCCUCUCUCCAAGGAGACUAUUGAGAACAUCGCCAGGAGAAGGAACGUCAACCCAAUACCCGCCCCAACUGAUUUCUCAAACUUGAUCGACCAAAUACCAGAAUCAGACUAUACCUUAACACAGCCAAAUUUUGAAGUAUAUGAUGAAGAAAUUCAAGAGAAAAUGAAGAAAAAGUUUGAAGAACAGACCAAAUUUAUCAAAAAGACAAGUGAAAACUCCUAUUCAGGCACAAAAAGGUCAAGAAGACAAGUCCCUGAUGGUAAUAUUGAUAUGAUCGAGGCUUCUAUCCAUGGUCCUCUAUCUGCUAGGAAAAUGAAUGAUGAUGACGACGAUGAGUUCCUCCCAGGCUAAAAUAAUUUCAGAAAUAUAAGGUAAAUAUCCU